GUUUGCGGUGAACUGAAGCUCCCAGCAGGGAAGAGCUGCGGAGCACUUGCCGGGGCCUCGAUGCUGCCGCAGUGUCUAACCUUUCUGCUGCUGCUCCCGGGGCUCUCUGAGGGAUGGGAAGGAGGGACGGCUUUCCAGGAGCUCCUCCCCUUCCAAUGCCAUCUUAUCUCCUCUUUUCACAAUCACAGCUGGGUUCAGAACCUGGGCUCAGGCUGGCUCGGGGAUCUGGAGACCCACAAGUGGGACGCGCAGACUAGCAACAUACUUUUCCUGUGGCCCUGGGCCCGGGGUCAUUUCAAUACGGAGCGCUGGGAAUGGCUGCGGAGAAUCAUAGAGAUUUUCCUGAUCAGUUUUACACGAGAUGUGCAAGACUUUGUUAAGGUCUUCGGGGGGAAAUACCCCUUUGUGAUCCAGAUGAGAGCAAGCUACUCCCAAAAAUCCCCUGUGAGCUUCUUCGAGGUGGCGUUUCAGGGAACAGACUUCAUGAGCUUCCAAGGAGAUUCAUGGAAGCCUGCUCCAGGGGCUGAAAGUAUAUCCCAGAAUAUCUCCAGCAUUCUUAACCAGGACCAGGGUACCCGGAUCAUGUUACAGAGCUUACUCAAUCACACCCUUCCCCAGUUACUUGAUGGCCUUCUAGACACAGGAAAGACACACAUUGAACGACAAGUUGGGCCAGAAGCCUGGUUGUCAAGUAGUCCCACCCCUGUUCCAGGGCAGCUGAAGCUAGUUUGUCAUGUCUCAGGAUUCUACCCAAAGUCUGUGAGGGUGACUUGGAUAAAGAAUGGACAAGAGCAACCAGGAACACAGACCGGUGACCUCCUGCCAAAUUCAGAUGGGACAUGGUAUCUUCAAGUUAUUCUCAAUGUGGAAGCUGGAAAAACAGCCAAUCUGGCUUGCAGGGUAGAACACAGUAGUCUCGGUGGCCAGGACCUCAUCCUAUACUGGGCCAAAAGCUCUACCUGGCCCUUGGCUCUGAUCUUAGCUGUGAUUUUUGUGGUGCUGGUUUUGUCUGUAUUUGGAUUCAUCUGGUGGAAGAAUCGACAUAGGUCAUAUGAAGACAUUCUGUGACAUUCUUCUCCUAUUGGAGUCAGAGCCCUGGAAUCUCAGAAACUCGGUGCUGUUUAACCCAAGAGUAAUAGCAGUCUGGAAUAUUUUGCCUUCUUAUUGACCUCUUUCUCAUAGCAAGUAUUUGUAAUACAUGAGCUCCCAAAGAUAUAAACAUUGGUUUUCCUUCCUCUAAUCCUUGACUUUAACUUUGGCUGUGAACAACAUUCCCUGUGAGCUCCCCCAAGUACAAUGGGGGGGGGGAGGAAUGUGAGCUGGACAUUAAUUAUCUUUUUUUACGGAUUUUAUGUUCCUGGCACUACACUAGACAUAUCAGCAUAUGCAAGAGGAAAACAGGGUCCUUUGCCUAUGAAGAGUUUGAAUCUUAAAGGAGGCUGACCAGGAGGGAAUACCGUGGAAAAGAUAAGUAGUCUAGUGAAGAGAAGACUUUUAUACAUUAGAGAGGGGCAUGAUUGCUGUCUUUAAGUGUUUGAAAGUUAGCCAAGUGGAAGAAGAAUUAGACAUGUACUACUUUACCCCAGAAAUCAGAAUAAAGGGCAAUAGGUAGAAGUUGUAGAGAGGCAGAUUUUGACUCAUGUCAAGAGAAACUUGCUGACAAUUAGAUCUAUCCAAAAGAGGAGUAGACUGUCUCAGGUGGUCAUGAGUUUCCUUGCACUAGAGAUCUCUAAGUGAAUGCUAGAUGGCUACUUGGUAGGAAUAAAAACAGUAUUCCCUCAGUACAGACAUAUCUAUCUCAGAGAUACUGUGGCUUUGGUUCUAGAGCCCCACAAGAAAGUGAAUAUUGUAACAAAGUGAGUCACAUGAAUUUUUUGGUUUCCCAGUGCAUAUAAAAGUUAUAUUUAUGCUAUACUGUAGUCUGUCAAGUAUGCAAUAGUAUUAUGUCCAAAGAAACAAUGUACAUACUAAUUAAAAUACAUUAUUGCUAAAAACAAUGCUGUCAUGGGAGCCUUCAGUGAGUCAUACUCUUUUUCCUGGUGGAGGUUCUUACCUUGAUGUUGAUGGCUGCUGAUUGAUCAGGGUGGUGGUUGCUAAAAGUUGGGGUGGCUGUGGCAAUUUCUUAAAAUAAGACAACAUUGAUGUUUGCCAUAUUAAUUGAUUCUUACUUUGAUGAACGAUUUCUCUGUGCAUGUAAUGCUGGUUGAUAGCAUCUUACUCACAGUAGAAUUUCUUUCAAAAUUGGAGUUAAUCCUCUCAACCCUUGCCACUGCUUUAUUAACUGUUUAUGUAAUAUUCAUCAAUAUUGUUUUGUUUCAGGGAAUAGGGAGACCUGAGGAAAGUUGAGGAAAUGGUGGUUGGUGGAGCAGUCAGAAUGCACCCGUUUAUUGAUUAAAUGUGCCAUCUUAUGUGGGUACUGUUUGUGGUACCCCCAAAACAAUUACAAUAGUAACAUCAAAGAUCAUUGAUCGAGGAUCACCAUAACAGUUAUAAUAAUAAUGGAAAAGUUUGAAAUAUUGUAAAAAUGUGACACAGAGACACAAUGUGAGCACAUGCUAGUAGAAAAACGGUGCCAAUAGACUUGCUUGACCCAGCAUGGCCACUAACCUUCAGUUUGUUAAAACAACAACAACAACAACAACAACAACAACAAAAACCCAAAUUGUAAUGUCUGUGAAGCAAAAUAAAGUGAAACACAAUAAAACAAAGUAUGCC